CGGCCUUAAACUCGGUCAUCCGUGCAAAAUUACGCCCCAGGCAAGGAACGUCCCACCGAGGGCACGUCGUGACGUCACCGCACCACGUGACUCCACCAUGCCAAUUAUCGCGUAGGUGACAAUAGAGAAAGGAUGAGUAGUUUCCCACUCCUCCCUGCAGGAGGCCCCGCCCCUUCCCUCCCACACGUGUGGGCAUUCCGACAGCUUGUGACAACAGACGGACCUGAUUCGCGCGGCAGAAGCACUGUACACUAGGCCGGUGGAAUUCUCCGGGCGCUGAGAGUUUUUCGGGUCAGCUCACCUCGCGACUCAGGUGAUCCACCUCCAGUCGUGUUACUUUACUGAGCUGAGUCAGUGAUCGGGUUGUGGUGGUGCCUUCAAGGCAUUCAGGUCUUUACUUGAACUGCGAAGUGUGAAGGACAACUGCUUGUUCACACCAAGUCGUGUGGCUGUGGAUAUAACUCUGCUGAUCGACGCUGCCUCGCCAGUUCUUCUGUGGUUGCCAAGGAUAUUGUGCCUCCAAGCGACAUCUGUGAAAAUCCUUGUGCUUCUUCGUGUAGGUUUUGGGAAAAUCCCAACACACACAAGCCAUUGUGCGGUCUCCGCGCCCUCACUGAGGGACUGAGUAGUCAGUAGUGUUGUACACUGACGCAACGACCAGGCCACAGAGGUCUGACUCUGCUUUGUAGUUGUGGUCAAAACACCGGGACCGUUCUGUCGGGGGCCACACGCAGGUGAGACGUCAGAAUUCCACACCUGGGGGUGUUCUUACCUGGUCUGCACAGGUAGGAAGUUUUUAUAGACGCCCGUGGGAUUUGAACGCAGCACCGGUAAUGGCAAUCGUGUGAAUCUCCAGUGAACCACGCGUUGCCCCCGCGCUACGUGUUUGGGAUUUCUGGCGCUUUGUUCCAGGCUUCACGGUGGCGAGCCUCGGGAAAAUCAUCGGGACGAUGUACGAUAACAACGGGCCCAGCAUCACACCCUCCCCGAGGGGCAAGGAGAAACCCUUCGUACGCUGUAAACUGGUCGUGGUGGGCGACGGCGGGUGUGGAAAGACUUGUAUGUUGAUGGUAUACUGCAGAAAGGAAUUCCCAAAGGUCUACGUACCCACAGUGUUUGAUAACUACAAAACCAGAGUGGACCUGGGCUCCAAACUAGUGGAACUCAACCUCUGGGACACAGCAGGUCAAGAAGACUACGACCGACUGAGACCGCUGUCCUACAACGAUGCUGACGUCAUCAUCAUCUGUUUCGACGUGUCGUCACAGGCGAGCUUCGAGAACGUGGAAGUUCGGUGGGCCCCUGAGAUCCGACACUUCUGUAAAGGCCUCCCCAUCUUCCUCAUCGCCUGUAAAUCCGACCUACGGAACGACAGAAACACGUUACAACAGCUGGCGUACAGAGGGCAGGAGCCGGUGUCGUACGAACAGGGAAUGGCCUUGGCGAAGAGGAUCAGGGCACGUGGUUACAUGGAAUGCUCCGCGAGAUAUGGCGAGAACUUAGAUCACGUGUUCCUGACGGCAGCGAAGACAGCAGCAAAUGUACAGACCAGAAGACACAGAAAAAUCAACUGUACCUUACUUUAAUGUGUCGACUUAAUGUAUAUGUUUUUAAGGUUGUCAUGUUGUCUCAGAUAGAACUUAUGUGAAAAUAGUUAGCUAUGAUAAGAUGUAAAAAAAGUUGAUGAUGGCAAAAAUGAGUGAAUGUGAGUCAUAAGAAAAAAAAUGGUGAUUUUGCAUAUAGAACAGUUGGUUGUAUUUCCCUGUUCAUACCUACAAGUAGUGAAAAUAUGUUCACGAAAUGUAACUGGGUUCACUUGAAGUUUCAUAGCGAUCAUAUUUUGGUGAAAAAAUUCAUCGGAAAACAUAACUUCAGUACUGUUUACUAUUUAUCAUGUUAUUUGACAUGUUUGUAAAGAAAUCCCAUAGAAUCAUGAUGUCUUACAUGGCAUUUUAAGAUUUUGUACCUACAAGUAUCAUGUACUAUCCCCCAAACAUCACACUUGUUCCGAAUUUGUUUCCAGUAUUGCAACUAUAAAUGCAUUUUAUUUCAAUGUUGACUGGCCACUGUGUAUGUGAACUGUGCAGGCCACAGGGAUGUUUUCUCCUGUUUCACAGGGCCAUGUAACAUUGGUUGCAGCGUUCUUGUUAAUAAUGUUCGCAUUUUUUUUGCACGCUUGCAAUAGUUACGUCCUUAUACCAUUAUCAUUGCAAGAGAUUGUAAAACUAUGGUACAUUUGCUUCCAUUUUUGGUGCAUUUAUAAUUUCAAAAACUGCAUUUUUCUCAACCUAACCUCUUGGUGCCACCAUAUAGGUCUUGGGUCAAAGUCCAUAUAUAAAUGUAUAAAGAUAGACAACAAGAAACAUUGCAAAUACAUCAACUUGCUCUUUACUUCCUUUAACAUCUUGAUGUCAUUUGAUGAUACACCUGGUACAUAAGAUUAAAUAUAUUAUAUCAUGGCUUUUUAGUUAUUGUGGCUGCAUUCUCUUUGUUAGCAUAUUUAUUAUCAUAAACAACUUGAACCAUAAAUUAUU